CCAUCAAAGACGUUUGGAACUUUGACAGCCCUAGAACUCCCCAAGCUUUGCUUAUAGAAGCACACCGUCAGAGGAUGCUGAGAAGAAAAGCCAGCAAAAUCGAGGUCAAGAUCGAAGACAAAGAAGAGCUCGAACAAGCCCGCAAACCUCCCACCACUGCCACGGCCACCCCAACCACCACUACCGCCUCCUCCUCUCUCCUUCAUCUCCUCCCCCAUCAAAACCCCUCCUCCAAAUCUCAACGCAUCGGCCUCUAAUCUUCAAUGGAAGUAGAAGUGAAGCUCCGCUUAAAAAACUCCACAGCCCAUCACCAAGUAAAAACUCUUCUUGCUCCAUUUCACCUCAAAACUUUACACCAACAUAACCUCUUCUUCGACACCCCAACUUCCUCACUCUACUCUCAACGCACCGUUUUGCGUCUCCGAUUUCUUGAUAAAGACACUCGUUGUAUUGUGUCCCUUAAGUCCAAGGCCUCUUUAAUUAACGGAGUGAGCCGCGUGGAAGAAGACGAGGAAGAACUAGACCCGGUGAUGGCGAAAGAUUGUGUUCAGAAUACGUUGAAGUUGUUUGAUUUGGAUUCUAGGGUUGUGAAGAGAGUGAAAGAGGAGUUUGGGGUGGAGAAUGAAAUGGGGUUGGUGUGUUUGGGGGGUUUUGAGAAUGUGCGGGAAGUUUAUGAUUGGAAAGGAUUGAAAUUGGAGGUUGAUGAGACUAAGUAUGAGUUUGGAAUUAGUUAUGAGGUGGAGUGUGAGAGUGAAGAUCCUGAGGGGGUGAAGAGAUUGCUUGAGGAGUAUUUGAAUGAAAAUGGGAUUGAAUAUGAGUACUCUGAGAAAUCCAAGUUUGCUGUCUUUAGAGCUGGGAAGCUGCCUUGAUCAUACUAACCUUUUGCAGGCUUUCUUGUGGUAUGGCUAUUGGUAGCAAACUAUAGGUUUGGAAGAGAAAUGGUGUAGAGUUUACUCUCGAAUGCCUGCAUUUUCUACACCCUCUCUGCUGGCAAUAAAUCACUAUGCGAACUACUUUUUCAUUAUGUUUGAUGGUUAUGGUGUUUGUAUUGAAUUUCUUCUGUUUUCAUAUUUAUAAAGUUACUUUUUAAAGUGGGUUAUUUUA